CUAAGAUCCAAGUUUUGUAUUAAACUUUAAUUAAAAUUCCUGCUGUGCUGUAGCAGGUUGCAGUCUGAUGAGUAUUUUGCCUCACUGUUUUGGUAUGUGUGUGGGGCAUUUGUGUGCAACCAUAUAAGAGGAAGAAUUCAUUUUAACUUACCUACUAAUUUGGCCAUUCUUAUCAAACGUAUUCUAGGAAGCAGAUCAAAGAAAUUUUUUUAAUGAUGAAAAUAAAUUUGUUAAAUUUUCAGAAUGAAGUGUUAAAUGGAAAUAAAAGGCUGUAUUUCAAAUCUCAAGUUGACUAUAUUGUGGAGUAUGACUAUGAUGCUGUACAUGAUGAUGAAUUAACUAUUCGAGUUGGAGAAGUCAUCAGGAAUGUGAAAAAGCUACAGGAGGAAGGAUGGCUAGAAGGAGAACUAAAUGGGAGAAGAGGAAUGUUCCCUGAUAAUUUUGUUAAGGAAAUUAAGAGAGAGACAGAAUUCAAAGAUGACAGUUUGCCCAUCAGACGGGAAAGGCAUGGGAAUGUAGCAAGCCUUGUACAACGAAUAAGCACUUAUGGACUUCCUGCUGGAGGAAUUCAGCCACAUCCACAAACCAAAAACAUUAAGAAGAAGACCAAGAAGCGUCAGUGUAAGGUUCUUUUUGAGUAUAUUCCACAAAAUGAGGAUGAACUGGAGCUGAAAGUGGGAGAUAUUAUUGAUAUUAAUGAAGAGGUAGAAGAAGGCUGGUGGAGUGGAACCCUGAACAACAAGUUGGGAUUGUUUCCCUCAAAUUUUGUGAAAGAAUUAGAGGUAACAGAUGAUGGUGAAAGUCAUGAAGCCCAGGACGAUUCAGAAACUGUUUUGGCUGGGCCUACUUCACCUUUACCUUCCCCGGGAAAUGGUAGUGAAACUGCGCCUGGAUCAGUUACACAGCCCAAGAAAAUUAGAGGAAUUGGAUUUGGAGACAUUUUUAAAGAAGGCUCUGUGAAACUUAGGACAAGAACAUCGAGUAGUGAAACAGAAGAGAAAAAACCAGAAAAGCCCUUAAUCAUACAGUCACUGGGACCCAAAACUCAGAGUGUGGAGAUAACAAAAACAGACACAGAUGGUAAAAUUAAAGCUAAAGAAUAUUGUAGAACAUUAUUUGCGUAUGAAGGUACUAAUGAAGAUGAACUUACUUUUAAAGAGGGGGAGAUAAUCCAUUUGAUAAGUAAGGAGACUGGAGAAGCUGGCUGGUGGAAGGGUGAACUUAAUGGUAAAGAAGGAGUAUUUCCAGACAAUUUUGCUGUUCAGAUAAAUGAACUGGACAAAGACUUUCCAAAACCGAAGAAACCACCACCUCCUGCUAAGGGUCCAGCUCCCAAGCCUGAACUGAUAGCUACAGAGAAGAAGUAUUCUUCUUUAAAGCCUGAAGAAAAGGAUGAAAAAUCAACACUGGAACAGAAACCUUCUAAACCAGCAGCUCCACUAGUCCCACCCAAGAAACCUACUCCACCUACCAAAGCCAAUAAUUUAUUGAGAUCUUCUGGAACGACGUACCCAAAGCGACCUGAAAAACCAGUUCCUCCACCACCUCCUAUAGCCAGGAUUAAUGGGGAAGUUUCUGCCAUUUCAUCAAAAUUUGAAACUGAGCCUGUAUCAAAACCAAAGCUAGAUUCUGAACAGUUGCCACUUAGACCAAAAUCAGUAGACCUUGAUUCACUUACAGUAAGAACCUCCAAAGAAACAGAUGUUGUAAAUUUUGAUGACAUAGCUUCCUCAGAAAACUUGCUUCAUCUCACUGCAAAUAGACCAAAGAUGCCUGGAAGAAGGUUGCCGGGCCGCUUCAAUGGUGGACAUUCUCCAACUCACAGCCCCGAAAAAAUCUUCAGGUUACCAAAAGAAGAAGAUAGUGCCAACCUAAAGCCAUCUGAAUUAAAAAAAGAUACAUGCUACUCUCCAAAGCCACCUGUGUACCUUUCAACACCUUCCAGUGCUUCUAAAGCAAAUACAACUGCUUUCCUGACUCCAUUAGAAAUCAAAGCUAAAGUAGAAACAGAUGAUGAGAAGAAAAAUUUCCUGGAUGAACUUAGAGCCCAAAUUAUUGAAUUGUUGUGCACUGUAGAAGCACUGAAAAAGGAUCAUGGGAAAGAACUGGAAAAACUGAGAAGAGACUUGGAAGAAGAAAAGGCAAGGAGAAGUAAUCUAGAGAUAGAAAUAGAGAAGCUGAAAAAAGCUGUCCUGUCUUCUUGAGGUGGUGUGGACCUGGUUUUCGUAAUGUUCCAGGGAUUCGGAAGCAACACUAUGAACUUCAACUGACUUGUUACUUAAAAAUUGUGAAUGCUGGUGUUGUGAUAAAUAUGAGUAUAUGAAGUAUAAUAUCUGUAGAAAAGUAGAGUGAGGGUGAAUUUUAUAUAUAUAUAUAUAUAUAUUUUUUUUUGUUUUGCCAAUAUGAAGAAAAAGAGGCCUUAUUUCUUACUGUGCUGGGAUUGCAAACACUUUUUAAAAAAUUGUUUGCUGGAAAAUACUACUGAAUAUGUAUAAAUAAGAAUGUUAACAGUAGUUUUUUUAAUUGAAACUUGUAUUAUUUUUAAAGAGAUCUAUACUAUAAAUAUGGUGAUAUAUUUACAAGUAAUCUGUAAGAUAUACUAUUUGAGAGGGACAAAUUAGCUUUUUAGUAACUACAGUCACUACUUUUUCCAUAAUGCAUAAGGGAUAUAAACUGUGUGUGUAUGUGUGUGUGUGUGUAUAUUUUUACUUUUAUCCUCUUACCCAAGGUUACAUUGUUGUGCCUAUUUGUCUGCUGUUUAUAUUUUGGGUGAUGAAAUAGGACUUUCCUAGCUACAUAAGCCGGAUUACUCACCCAUGCAUAUAGUAAGAACUAAUGAAUAAUCAAGAUAAUUUCAUCAGCUUUUAGAAUAUUUUAUGUUGCUUGCACUAUAGGAGUCAUAAAAGGAACUUAGUUAAAACAUGUUGGAUUUUUAACCAUUUGGGGGAAAUAUGAGCUGUAUUUUAAAUUCAUUAGCUCUGAAGAAUCUAAAACUGUUAAUUUAACCCUUAACUUGUGCCUAGAAACUACAGCACAUACAAAAUAUAUAAACACUAGCCUUAUUGCCGUACUUUUCUGCUUAUUUUACAGUCUCAAAUAUUUCUCAUUAACUUGUGACUUAGUUCUUCAUGCUCCUCCUUGUGACUUUUAAUAAUGAUAAUAUUAGGAAAAUAAAACCCAAAGCUUUUCAGAACUUCAGUGUGAGCUUUCCUAUUUUGACAAGUUAUCUUUUAAAUACUCAGGUUUUAUGAUGUUUAAUUUACCUAAUAGACCAAACUAACUUGUGGAGAUAUUUCGAACUAUUAUUUAGGUACAAACUUUAUAAAGAAUGUUAGUAUGUCAUAAAAUAUAACAUUACAGCUUAUUUAAAACCAAAUAUAGUUGAACAUAUUUAAAAUACAUUUUCACAGAAUGAAUGAAUUAGUCGUUUCUUCAGAGUUACUUAUGAACAGUUGAAUGCUUUAAAAUGUUCUGUUUGUAGGUAACAUCUGAAAACAUAAGUGGAUUUAUUUAAAUUUUUAAAAUUUGAAAUUUUUAUUGUAAAAAAUUAGGCUUUAUGCUUUAUCAUAUAGCAAAUGAGUGUCAGAUUUUUGAGUACCAGUUAUCAUGCUUCAGUUUUUUAGUUUUAAACCACUAAACCAAUAUUUUUUCUUUACAUUUUAAUAUCAUAAUACAGAAAUAUAUGUAAAUGAAAUUUGGUCAUGUUUCAAAUAAAGAGAACUGAAGUAGAAAAUAAUAGAAAUGCCAGUUAAACAACUUAAUGUUUAAUUUACAGUUUAUGUUAGGGCUUUUGGGGAACGCUAAUUAUAUAUUAAGAAUAUACGUUAGAAAUCUUUAAAAUGUUUGGGCUCUUCUAAUGAAGUCACUACUGGGCAAACUUGUUCCCUCUUUUGUUAAAUAGAAUAGGUUUAAAUGACUAGUCAAAUGAAUUAUUUCCUCCGUAUUAAAUUUUAUUUUAUUUUAUUUUAAUGACAGACCUUAGGUAAAAAUAAAAACAUUGUAAUGCUAGAAAUUAUCCUCCAGCUUUCUCACCUGAAAAUCUAUUGAAGUGAUCCCUGGUUACCCUAAUAAUGGGGUGAAGGAAGGUUCCAACAGAUUUCAGGCUGCUCUUAAAUAAGUUUUUCUUGGUCAUUUUCUCAUUAGUACUUAAAAUCAAGAUGCUCAUGGGCACUGAAAUGCAUUUAAAGUUUUUGCUUGUGUACUACUCAGUCAGCAUAGAAAAGUAACUGAAAUACUCUUAUUUAUCAAGUAGUAAACAGAACCAAACAAACUCAGGCCUCAUGGGAAAAAUGAUUCCUUUAUUCUAGCAAUUUACUCCUUGCUGUUGGUAUGGGAAGUUUUAUUAAUUUCUAUUAUUAGAGUUCAUAUCACAAAAUGAUAUGUAAGAAUAAUAACCUUUACUUGGGGUAAAUCAUGAAUUUUUUUUCCUUACAUGUGAGUAUAAAAGAUGAAAGUUGAACAGCAUGGAAUCUGUCAUUGCCAAAUUAUUAAUGAAUGUAUAGUUCAGGUAUUCUUUGAGACACAAUAUCAUUAAUUUCCUAAUUGUAUUUCAGUGUUAUUUUUUGUGUGUGACCACUAAGCUUCCGUCUUAAUAUAAAGCUAUUACCCUCUACAGAACUUAAGUCUGAAGAUGUAAAGAGAGAACAGGCCUUGUGUAAAAGAAGAUACUCUUUUUUUUUAAUGCUCCUUACUGUGAUCACAGAAAUAAAAAAUAAUCCAAGUGCUCUCUAGAUUUGUUGAUAAACAUUUUAUGCUUGCAUUUAAACUUGAAAUGUAUGAACAGAAUGAGACAAUCAGUUAAAUCAGAAAUGAAAAGUAUUAUAAUGUAAUGGCCUUGUUUUGUUGUAGCAAUAAAAUGACCAAGUGCAAUGAUUGAUUUAAUAAAAUCUUUUAAAAAUUGCUGCUAUGAAUAUUUUUAGCUAUAAAAUUUUACCCUGACUUGCUUUCAGUAACUAUUAUGUAAUACAGUUGAUGUUGUGGUAACCUAACAUUCCCAGCCCGCCCCGCCCCCCACAUCCCCCGCCCAAAAAAAAAAAAAAAUGAAAUGGAGAAAC